UGAAAGUUGUCAUUGAAUUCUCUAAUACCAUAUUAUGUUCUGCUUUCUAAAGGGAAAUCUGUCUGAUGGAAGACGCGUGGCAGUGAAGGUCUUGGACAAAGAAAGUUUUCAAGGCAAAGAAGAGUGGCGGAACGAGUUGAACAUUCUAAGCAAGCUUGACCAUCGAAACAUUUCUAAGCUUGUGGGAUAUUGCUGUGAAGACAAUAUGAUAGUCUAUGAGUGUAUGGCACGAAGCCUGUCAAGCGCUCUUUUUGAAGAUAAUGAGAUGGUUAUCGACUGGACAACAAGAUUCAAGAUCAUAUUGGAUAUAAUAAGAGGACUCGCCUAUCUUCACGAAGGUACAGGCGUGCCCAUAAUGCACAAAGACGUCAAGCCGUCCGACAUUCUUCUGGAUGAAAGUUUCAAUGCCAAGAUUUCUGAUUUUGGCUAUGCAAUGGCCGACAUCAAGCUACCGUGGUACGAAGAUGUUAGCAUCGAAGGAACUCGUGUUGUUGGAACAUAUGGUUACGCAGCUCCGGAGUAUAUUGCUACCGGUACUCCGAGUGUGAAAUCAGACAUUUACGGCUUUGGGGUGACUGUUUUGAAUGUCGUAUCUGGCAAACAAGCUAUCGACAACAAAAAUUUCCUCUCCGAAAACGCGCGUAGAUUGCAUGAUAAGCGUCGCCUUACUGAGCUAAUAGACCCUCGAUUACUCAACGCAGGUUAUUCAACUCACUCAAAAAGCAUAGCAGGGACAAUCAAUAUAGCCCUGCAGUGCACUGUUUCGAACGCCAGAAGUCGUCCAUCAGCGUCACGUGUGUUGGAGAUGCUUUUAUCAAAAGAUCCCAAUCGCCACAACACUGCUCAGUGUUGAGAGUUUGGAACCCAGUCACACAACUAUCCUGAGCGGGAGUAGUAUUGAAUAUUGAAGAGCCAGUUACAGAAAAGAGUACCUGAAUCCUUUAACAGAUUCAGAAUACUCUGUUUCAUUUGACAUUUAGUUUCAUGUGCGAUUUUGGAAUAUUUACUGUUUGUGUUCUCCAUGUUCUAGACUUCAAUGUAGUUUUUAACAUGUACUC